CCAAGAUACCAUAAAAUCGGAGCUCCCGAUCAUAAAUUAAAUUGGGGAAAUCAUAUACCGAUUUACAGAAAAUCAACUGACUUCUGAACAUGAAAAUUGUUAAAACGUAUUUUGAGGACAUAUAAAAUAUUUUAGGUAGCCACGUCCAGUUGGUCAUACACUAUUGGAUGGGUCAAACGGGAAGCCAUGCCAAGUCUCUCACAAAGACAAAGAAAGCAAAGGAGAGAAGGGAUGUAGAUAAAAAUGAUCGUGCCGAUUCCGCCAGGCGUGUUGUGAAAGUCAUUGAUAGCGUAGAACAAGAAGAGGGUCUCGGGGCCAAGGUUAAAAGGAGCAUAGGAUGUGAAGAGCAUGAAUACUUGGAUCCAUUCCUUCGUCUAGAUGAGUUUGAUAUAUCAAAACCGGCUGGCUUCCCAGAUCAUCCCCAUAGAGGAUAUGAGACGGUGACAUAUAUUCUAACAGGCUGUUUGGAUUUUGAGGACUUCAAGGAUAACAAAGGGACUAUAGAUAAUGGUGAUGUACAGUGGUUAUCUGCAGGAAGGGGCAUUGUACACACAGAGAUGCCAGCUGGCGAGGAGAGCUGUCAUGGCCUUCAACUGUGGAUAAACCUUACCUCAGGGGAUAAAAUGGUAGAGUCCGUGUACCAGGACAUAAAGAAAGAGGACAUUCCAUUUGCAACAGAAGGGGGUGCCAGUGUCAGAGUGAUUGCAGGGGAAGCCUUGGGGAGUAAGUCCUGUGUCACCACCCGUACUCCAACUAUCUUCCUGGAUGUUGAAUUGGAAGAGAAGGCAUCCAUAACUCAGGUGAUUCCCCAGGGCUGGAAUGCAUUCAUCUAUAUACUCUCAGGGAAAGUUAAUAUUGGUUCAGAUGAAAAUGUAAAGGAAGGAGUUAAAAGUCAAAUUCUUGUAUUGAGUGAUGGACCAUCAGUGGAAGCAAGUAACAAGGAAUCUGAUAUGUGUCGUUUUCUACUCAUAGCUGGGAAACCAUUGAAUGAACCCGUAGAAAGAGAAGGAAAUUUUGUGAUGAAUACAGUAGCAGAAGUGGAGGAUGCCAUCAAGGACCACCGCUUUGGGCGCAACGGGUUUGAAAAUGCUCCCGAUUGGAACUCCCAGUCGGCCCUGGCCUACCUCGACUCCCAGUUCUAGACCACUUAAGGAUUUUCAGGAAAGGGUCUCCAUUUGUCCAGUUCUGAGCAUUCUAGACCAGGGCAUGGACUGGAAUAAGUAUUUUCUAGUUCUAGAUCUUAUAAAGUCUUGUAGACUAGGACAUGAGGACAUUUGAGAGUUUCUUAUUUGUCUAUUUCUAGAUCUUCUCAAUCAAUCCUGGACCAGGACAGGAUUGACUUAUGUACUAAUUAGUGUUUAAUAAUACUCAGGUGUGUGCGAAGACACAUUUUGGGACAGAAAAUUCCUAUACUGUCAACAUUGACAGAGAUGGACCUAGAGCCAAUUGCAUAACAUUUUUGCCAUUGGAACUCUACACAGUGAAAAACUCUGGCAAAAAAAAAAUUGCAAGAGUUUUUCUUUAAUGGAACAGGCCACUGGGCCCCCUGUGUGACAUAGUCUGCUGGCACAGACCCUGAUUUAACAUUUGAUCAACAAGUGGGUCUUCACGGUAGACUAACUCAUAUAAAAUUCGCUGUUACAAUGAGGCCCUUCCGAACACAAUUCAUUAUAGGCUGUGUAUUCAGACCCGUUAACUCAAAUGAAGGGUUAAUAUAGCGACUUACAUGGACGUGUGACAAGGCCCUGGAAUUCUUUAAUAAAGGAAAAUGUUAGCUUUCAUAAUGUCUAUAGGUAAAGAGACUAGCUCAGUAGAAAGAGAAGUAUUCAUUAAGUUAAGUUUAGACCUGUAUUGCCUCAUCACCUAACAGUACCAUUUCUUUUGCUCAUCUCAGUACAUGCCAGCUUUCUAUAUCGAUUAAGCUUUAAACUGCCAUCAACCUCCCUCAUACAGACAGGAAAACUUCAUGUACAUAUUAAAUCCUAGAAUGUAGUAUUUAUUCCAUUUUCUAGUUCUUUCAUGACUUUCAUGCUCUUUCUUGAAAUAGGUAUAUUUUAAACAUUUGCCAGCCAGGUAUUCAGUUCAUGUACUUUCUUCUUGAACCAUUGACUGCUGAAACCGGGUGAUACUGUACUAAACCUAUGGGAAGUACAUAAUUCAGUAGCGAAAGUGUUGAUCUCAACAUUUGAAACUAGCCUCUAGCUCGUCCGUAGGACGACAAAACAAGCUGCCACAAAGAUAUCGUUUUAAGUUAUUGUCCUCCGAAGGGUAAUAUUCAGAUUUUUUUUCAGAAAUUACUAGAUUCACAUUUAUAUGCCUCUGCCAUCCUGAUAUUAUGAUCUCGCCUGUAUAUCAAUGCAUGCUGUCUUGGUUGCGUUUAUAGAAAAAGCAUCACAUGAUCAUUUGAACAUGUGAGAUUAGAGUAAUUUUUUGUAUGUGUUUGCUUUGAUUAUUGCAUAGUGUCACGUACCUGACACUUUUGCAAACCUUGUCUUUAUUUCUUUAUGUUUCUUGAUCUGUCCUUGACUCUUCUGUUGUCCUACAUGCAUUAUUUUCAACACUUUAGUAAUGCUUUGCUGCACAACAGAAACAUAGACCCCCGUCUCAAACUGCCAUCUCAUAAUACACUGCAAUCUAACAAUACACUCGAGAGCAGUCAUGUUAGAUCUAUGUACGCUGCCAAUAUUUUCAGAGGACCACACUAAACAUUUUAGA